CGCGGAUCGCAAUUGUUUUUUUUGAGUCGCGACGAGUCGCGACAGACGCCGUUCCUCUCUGCGCUAGUUCAGGUGUAUCUAGGUUAAAUUCGCGAGUGGAGUGAGUGUUACAAAAUGAUGGAAAGUGUGCAAAAAAGGCAUCAGAAAGCGAUCCCAAAAUUGACUAAGUAGAUUGUUGGCCAACAACUGGUGUGCUGCUGGUGCUAUAUCGUCUCGUCGGGUCGGGUGUUCGAUGAAAAGCGAAACCUGUGCGAAAAUAGAAAGCGAGUUUUCACUUUUUAUACAGUCAGCCAUCGCUGGAAGUGCACUCCGUCUUUUGGAUCCCGGUUGCCCCUCCGGUCUCUUCCAAGUUUUGUGAUAAAGAUAAAGCGAGCACAAGUGCGGCGAGUGUUCGAUUGCUAAAUACAAUCAAAAAAAAAAUAAAAAAACCAAAGAACUUUAGACGUCGAAGAGCCUCUGGAAAGUAAAACAGAAAUCAACACACAUACAAAAUGAUAAAAACAAAGAGCAGCGACGACAAACUCGACACCCUGCUCUCACGCAGCGUGGUUCCGAUCAUCGAUCUCGCCCACUGUGGUAUCGAGGAGGUGCCGGUCAAGUCCGUGGUCAACCGCGUGGGUCACCAGCUGAAGAAAGCUCUCUCCGAGAAGGGCAUGGCCCUGCUGGUCAACCAUGGCAUAUCAGAUGAGAAGCUUAAGACUGCCUGGGAUCACCUGGAUGACUUUGUGGACCUCCCACCGGACGUCCGACAGCAUUACAUCCGCACGGAUGGAGACAAACACGGCUAUGUGAGUCGUGGACAGCAGCGUUUCGAUGGCAAGGCACCGGAAUUGCGUCACGCCUUUAACAUAAGCACACUGAACGCCCAGAAUCUGCCCGAAGAGCCGCUGCCAGGAUUCGCGGACCACAUCAGCACCCUGGCCACGGACUUUAAGGCUUUGGCCAGCUUCAUCCUGCAGGCGCUGGCCGUCUCGCUGGACAUUCCGCACACGUUCUUCCUUGAAAAGCACUCUCACAUGCUGUCCGGCGACCACGACAACAUGAGCUCCCUGCGCAUGCUCUACUAUCCGCCGAUAGUGGACGACGAACCCGGACAGAACGAUGUGAUCAAGGGUCGCUGCCAGUACAGCUACCAGCGCUGUCUGUCCAACCAGCCAGACUUCCGGCCGGAGCACAAUCCCCGCGACGAAGACGACCUUAACGAGGUUGAUGGACCCAAUGGUCAGUUGUUUGAGCACAAGCUGGGCAAUGGAGCAGUGAUCCAGUGUCCACCACAUGUGGACUACGGCACAUUCACUCUGCUGUCCCAGGACUCGGAGGGUGGUCUGGAGGUGAAGCUGCCAGGUAGUGAAAAGUGGAACCGUGUGGGACAUCUUCCCGGCUCCAUUCUUGUCAAUUGUGGCGAGAUCUUGAACAUCUGGACACAGGGGCGAUAUCCCGCAUUGCAACAUCGCGUGGUCAUACCCGAGCAGGAACACAUUCGUGCCCGUGGCCGUCAUUCGAUAGCGUUCUUCUGCCAUCCGGAUAACAUAACCAUGAUAUCGCCAACCGAUCUGCCCAAUCCCGAUGCCGCCCAAGACAAGGCGUGUCUGAAGCAGCGAAAGAAGUCCUUCAAGGCGGCGAAAGAAAGAGUCUACAAUGCCUAUCAGUUAAUACAGAAAAAGUUUAGAGAUACGUAUAGCAAUAACAAUCACUCAUAACGACCAUAGACCGUCGAGCCAUCAUCCAUCGCAUCUCUACCUGAACUGGGAUGAAGUUCGUUGUACGUCGUGGAAAACGGAAACGGGGGGAAAUGGGAAAAUGAAAGGCAGCCAACACAUAUGAUGUUUUGAACCUUUUUAUUAUUACCUUUACUUUUAUUCUUUUAUUCCAUACGAUUGUAAUUGCUUCAUUUCAUUAAUUUAUAUGUAUCGAGAUACUAUAUACAAUACAUGCAUACACCGUAAACAUAUCCCUUUGUAUAAUAAAUAUAUAUGUAUAA